UCUCUGCUCAGACAAUAAAAACAAGGCGAAGCCCACAAAGGCGGCAGCAUCUCAGCAAAGUCAAAGGCAGGCAGGCAGUGAAACAUGGAAACACGGCCGCCGAUGUGGGAAAGAGAGAUGUAGCUGUAAAGAUGCCACCCCACCGCAUCUCCUGUUUGCUGCUCUUCCUGUCGGUUUGGGAAGCGCUGGCCAAAUCUCUGCCGGAUCAGGGAUCAUUUGAGGUGCAAAUAAAAGUCCAGGUUUUUGACAACAGCGACCUCUCGCCGUUAGCAGAUGCUCAGGUAGAAGUCCACGGGAAUCAGACGCUGUUGGCGUCCAGCCACGCCGGAAGAGAUGGCGUGGUGAGGGUCAGCUUCCUGUACAAAGUCAGCACGUGGGUCAUCAUCGCAGCCUCCAAACAAGAUUAUGUCACCAACUCGGUGCCCUGGCACUCCAGUCGGAUCCCCUUGUAUGCCUCAGUUAGCCUGUACCUUCUUGUAGAGAGGCCAGGAACCCUCAUCCUGUACGAUGACGUCCUGCAGGUCUUGUCUGGAUCACCAGGAGCUCGUAACCAGCCGCUGGUUCAGCUGCAGAGGAAGUCCAUUCAGCUGCCUCCCAGCUCCAACUACACGGCGCUGUCUGCAGCUCUGACCACAGCCAGAAGUCAGUAUGAGAUCGGUGGGUUCCCGUUCCUGUUGGGCCAGGAGACCAACAGCUCAGGAUGGACAGACUUGACAGCUCUGGCGGUUAUCAGCAUUCAGCUGUUUGAUAAAGAUGGCGGCACGAUCCCGGUCUCUGAUCCGAUCCACAUCUCUGUACCGCUACCGUCUGACACCCGAAACAGGAUGGCCACAAGUGUCCCUACAUGGCUGUAUCAGCCUAAGACAGGAUUGUGGGUUCGAAACGGUACCGGCUACAUACAAAAGGACGGAACGCAGUUUGUUUGGAACGCUGUGGUUCCUCAGAUGGGAUAUUGGUUAGCCGCCUUUCCUUCAUCUUCAGGUUUCGGUCUUUCUCAUCCAGGUUUGAGGGAUAUCACCACCUACCACACCCUUUUCCUGCUGUCCAUUCUGGCUUCUUUGGCUCUGCUGGUGCUCAUCCUACUCUGUGUGCUGCUCUACUACUGCAGACGAAAAUGUUUGAAGCCUCGCCGACAUCAGGGCAAACCCCACACAUCAAAUCUAAAUGGAGCUAAGAGAGACCAGGGAACAUCGACCUCACGUCUGAAUCUGAUUUGUGGAGGCCAUGUGGAGUCGGGCCCCUCCAACGACAAAUCUGAUUUGUCUCCAUCUCGAGACUACCAGAGUUCAAGAGAAGACCUGACUAAGCAUGUUCCUGCUCACAUGCUUCGACAUGCAAAAGGGAAAAACACCUCAGGUUCCCAAAGGGGAGAGAGCUUCCCCAUGAAGGUCACACGUGCAACCGAGACCAACAACCUUGAUAACCCUCUACUGCAUGAAGACUACAACCGAAGCUACAGCCCCAAGGAGAGUAAGGAGUCUGAGUAUCACAGACAUCAUAACGCCAACGACAAUCGAGGAUACUCCUCCGAUCCUCCAUCCCCACCUCGUUUCCAGGGAUACGUGCCAAGUCAGUCCGACAAACCUCCAGAAUAUUCAGCAACGGCAGCAGACAACCUUGCCAGACCCACCUCCCUAAACACCCAGCCUGGUCAGAUCAUCUUCUGCAGCUCCAUUGACCAGAUGAAAGAGAACAUGUACAGGAGUAUGGUGCCAACACUGGUCAUCCCAGCACACUACAUGCGCCUACCUUCAGAGUUCUCUGGUAAGGAUGGGAAGGACCAGAAAGACCAAGACAAAGAUGGGACACCAAUAGGAAGUGGCCAGCAGCACCACCACCACCACUCCCAGAAACAAGGCCAGCAGCAAGGCGGAUCUCAGGGUGACGACUCUGAGGAACCUAGCUGGGCCUCUGACUCCUCCGGCGGAGCUGUGACCAUCCCUGUGCUCUUCAAUGACUCCACCAUGGCCCAGAUGAAUGGAGAACUGCAGGCUCUGACGGAGAAGAAGCUCUUGGAGUUGGGUGUCAAACAGCACCCACGCGCAUGGUUUAUUUCCCUAGAUGGACGCGCUAACGCUCACGUCCGUCACUCCUACAUCGACGUCAGCAAUGAUCUCAGUGGCGGCGGAUUCGGAGGUGGCUCCAGUAGCACUCAACGCGAUGUGAACCUUGAGCCGCCUCUUGAGUCUCAAGAGAGAAAAUUGUCUGGCAAUCGUAAGGGGAAGGAUGAGCGCUGGGGGACAGGAGGACGGAAGGGUCACGGCAUCAGCAGCAGCGGCGGCGGUGGAAAGAAUUACUCCAAACUUGCCUACCCUGAUCACAGCGAGCCGAGCAGCAGCGAGGGACGCCCGGUGUCACCUGAAGAAAACUCCCUCACUCCUCUUCUGGAUGAAGGAUCGUCGUCACGUGGAUCCACCAUCCCGAGAAGAGGUCGUAGCCGAGGGAACAGCAGUCGCAGCAGCAACAGUGAGAAUCGUCGCGACUCCAUGACGAGCCCGGAGGAUGAUCCUGAUGACAAAGAUGAGAACAAGAAGAGCCCCUGGCAGAAGAUAGAAGACAGACCUCUAAUGGUCUUCCACCCCAGGAAGUGAGCUUUCAAUACUUAGGGAGCACUGGAUAUUUGAUAAACAUAAAGGUCGAGAGAAUAAUUUCUUCAGAAAGCUACCAACAAGCACAACCACUGCUUCACUGGUAGUUGUUUAACCUUUCUGAUAAUCAUAUCAGUUGUCCCCUCCAGUUUCUGUCACUUCUGUCCAGUUAAUGUGCAUCCUGUAACAUCACUGAACAUCAUCUGAGCCAUCAUUACACUGACUGUGGAAAUAGCCAUUUUGCAGAGUGAAAUACAUGAAUAGAGCACUUAAACUUUGAUAACUGAAUAGUUAUUUACCAAACGUAACCACACAAAUUGCUUGUUUUAUGGGAUUUAUUUGUAUGUAGCUGAAUUGAAUCCCUUAUAUUGGUUCUAAAUUUCAGAAAAAGAUCAUUCUUUUUUUAAAUAGCGAUUAGAACGAUAAUUUAAUGAAGGAAACAGUGUCCCAUGUUUUUUCUAAAGCACCUGUGAAAAUAUAAUGUAUUUGUUUUACUUUUCUCCUUUCAGAAAGUUAACAUUUAUUCUUCCCACUGUACUGUGUUAAUGUAUUGUGAUUUUUUCUUUUUAAAUCGCACUGAUUUAAAAUUUUAAGCAUAAUCUUGAAGUCACUGACUUAUCACAGUGAUGUACUGUACAAUUUUGCCAAAAUGUCUGCCUUUCUUGUUGAAAUUUGUUUGGCCAGCAGAACCUUUUUGUGUAAAUAGACCCUCAAAAAUUUGAGUGACCACUUGUUAUAUAGGAAGAUUGCAUGCAUAUGAAUGUAUGAAUUAACAGAAGGCACUAAAAGCCCCCUACUGUUUUUUAGGCUCCUGUGUAGCUCCUUCCUAAUUGCCACAAGAUAUCUGCAACUCAGAAAAACCACUAAUUUACUUGAAGAGUCACUGCUGAGAUCCACACAGUGGUUUGUAAACUGGGCCUGUACCACUUAUCUCCUGUAAGUGCCUUCUUUCACAUAGGAUCGGGUGAUAGGCAUGGUUUUUAAAAAGCAGGCACUAAUAAGCACACUGUAUUGAGGUAACAACAUGUGACACUGGGAGGAACGCCUGCCAAAUCUGACAGCUUUUCUUGGGGUUACUCUUUCCUUGAAUACCUAACUUCUUGUAAUGAUCCUGUUUUUCACCAAACUUGUAAAUUUAAUGACGAAUUCUAUGAGACUUUAUGUGUAUAAAAUGUGCAUGUGAUAGGUAGAUUAGGGUGUUUUUAUUGAAAUCCUUUUGGAAAAUAUUUACAGGACAGUUGACACAGAAUUACAGAAUUAUGUUGUCAAA